AGGGGUCGGCCGACAGCCGCGCGUCGCUGCGCGGCACGUGUGAGAGCCCGGCGGCUGGCGAGUCUGCUCGAACGCUGCGGGCCCCAGGCCUGGACAGAGCUGCGUAUGUUCAACUGCCGUCGCGGCUGGUUCUUCCGAGUGACUCGCGCAGCCACCUCCCUCCAGCGCCCGGAGCAGCGCCCCCGCCCCCUCGCCACCCGGCCUGCGCCGCGCCCGCGCUCUCAGGCCCUUGGCUCUCCCCAAACAAUUCUCUCUCCUGGAAGAGAAAACCAGCCUUUAUCCCUAAGCCCUUUACAGUUCCCGAGCGUCGCUGGGCCAGUCUUCUGCAGGGUCCAACCCACGUGCUUCGUCCUCGUAUUCAUCCAUCAUUACUUAUUGCAAGCCGGCUACGUGCCAGGCAGACACUCAGGUUCUCUUAAAUGUUUUCUUGGAGCCUUAAAAAUGGAGAUAACAGAAAUGACUGGUGUGUCACUGAAACGUGGGUCCCUUGCUGUUGAAGAUAAUGACAGUGUGGCCCCAGCAGAGGCGGCAAAAAGGCAGAAGGUCUCCGAGUGCUGUCUGACCAAAGGUCAAGAUGGGCUAGAGAAUGACUCUCCACCCAGCAGCGAAAACGUGCCUGGGCUGCCCGAAGCUGUACACACCAAAGAGGGUAAAAAGGAUUCUGCUGCUCAGUUGGACAUAGAGGGAGAGGAGGAGGAAGAUGGCCUUUCAGAGGAGGGAGACGAGGAGGAGGAAGCUGAGAGUUUUGCAGACAUGAUGAAGCAUGGACUCACCGAACUUGAUGUAGGCAUCACCAAGUUUGUAAGUUCUCAUCAAGGAUUCUCAGGAAUCUUAAAAGAAAGAUACUCUGACUUCGUUGUUCAUGAAAUAGGAAAAGAUGGUCGGAUCAGCCAUUUGGAUGACUUGUCCGUCCCAGUGGAUGACGAGGAUCCUUCAGAAGAUGUAUUUACAGUUUUGACAGAUGAAGAAAAGCAGCGUUUAGAAGAGCUCCAGCUUUUUAAAAAUAAGGAAACCAGUGUUGCCAUUGAGGUUGUUGAGGACACCAAAGAGAAAAGAACCGUCAUCCAUCAAGCGAUUAAAUCUCUGUAUCCAGGAUUAGAGACAAAAACAGAGGACAGAGAAGGAAAGAAAUAUAUUGUAGCCUACCAUGCCGCUGGACAAAAGGCUCUGGCAAAGGUCAGAACUGCAGCAGAUCCAAGAAAACAUUCUUGGCCAAAAUCUAGGGGAAGUUACUGCCACUUUGUACUGUACAAGGAAAACAAAGACACCAUGGACGCUAUUAAUGUGCUUUCCAAAUACUUAAGAGUCAAGCCAAACAUAUUCUCCUACAUGGGAACCAAAGAUAAAAGGGCCAUUACUGUUCAAGAAAUUGCUGUUCUCAAAAUAACUGCACAAAGACUUGCCCACUUGAACAAGUGCUUAAUGAACUUUAAGCUGGGGAAUUUCAGCUAUCAGAAAAGCCCUCUGAAACUGGGAGAGCUGCAAGGGAAUCACUUCACUGUUGUUCUCAGAAAUAUAACAGGAACUGAUGACCAGGUACAACAGGCCAUGAACUCUCUCAAGGAGAUUGGAUUUAUUAACUACUACGGAAUGCAAAGAUUUGGAACUACAGCCGUCCCCACGUAUGAAGUUGGAAGAGCUAUACUACAAAACUCCUGGGCUGAAGUCAUGGAUUUAAUAUUGAAACCCCGUUCUGGAGCCGAAAAGGGGUACUUAGUAAGAUGCAGGGAAGAAUGGGCGAAGACCAAAGACCCAGCUGCUGCCCUCAGAAAACUACCUGUCAAAAGGUGUGUGGAAGGGCAGCUGCUUCGAGGACUUUCAAAAUAUGGAAUGAAGAAUAUAGUCUCUGCAUUUGGCAUAAUACCAAGAAAUAAUCGCUUAAUGUAUAUUCAUAGCUAUCAAAGCUAUGUGUGGAAUAACAUGGUGAGCAAGAGAAUAGAAGAGUACGGGCUGAAACCUGUUCCAGGGGACCUGGCUCUCAAAGGAGCCACAGCCACUUAUAUUGAGGAAGACGACGUUCAUAGUUACUCCAUCCAUGAUGUGGUAAUGCCCUUGCCUGGUUUCGAUGUUAUCUACCCAAAGCAUAAAAUUAGUGAAGCCUACAGGGAAAUGCUCACAGCAGACAAUCUUGAUAUUGACAACAUGAGACACAAAAUUCGCGAUUAUUCCUUAUCAGGGGCCUACCGAAAGAUCAUUAUUCGUCCUCAGAAUGUCAGCUGGGAAGUCGUUGCAUAUGAUGAUCCUAAAAUUCCACUCUUCAACACAGAUGUGGACAACCUAGAAGGGAAGCCACCACCAGUUUUUGCUUCUGAAGGCAAAUACAGAGCUCUGAAGAUGGAUUUCUCUCUUCCUCCUUCAACCUACGCUACCAUGGCCAUUCGCGAAGUGCUAAAAAUGGAUACCAGCAUCAAGAACCAGACCCAGCUGAAUACCACCUGGCUCCGCUGAGUCCUGUUCCCCAGACUAGAAAAUGCAGACAAGUGUUUGCUGGCUUCCUGUUCAUUUUUCUCUUAGCACAGACCCAUACAUGGAUUUUGGAUCUUUGUAGUAAAAGAUUAUUCGUAUUUUUUCAAGUUUUUGUUAGCUUUAUUUGCAAUAUUUGUACACCUAUACAAAUCCUGAGGAUCCUAAUUCUAGCUUAGAGAAUAUAAAUUGGUCAGAAUAUAUUUCAGGGUGCUUAAAUCACAGUAAAAUGUCAGCUUUACUGGCUUUCUAAUAAUUCAAAAGGACUUUGGUUUAAAGUAUCGGUUUUAGGUUUUGCUACGUUCUUGAAAGACAACAGGAAUUUUUAACACAUUCGUGAAUGGAGUACACAAUAAUGCAUUUUAAGAGAAAAUGCAACAAAACAGAUCAUAACUACAAAUAAAUAAUUAGAGCACCCCUCCACUUAUGAAUAUAAAUAUAAUACUCAUGCUUAUAGAUUUAUAAACACAAAAGUGAUUGUUGUUAUCUAGCUUACGUAUCAGGUUCAGGUAAGUGUUUAUAGAUUUUUCAGUUGCAGUCACCUUUGCAUUUAUAUUGUCUUGCAAGAGAGUUGCAUUGAUAGGGCCUCUUUUCUUGAUGUAAACAUGUGCAACUAUUUUUAUUAGUCAAGGUCUAACUUUUACUCUAGGUGCCUUUUAUGUUCAGAACUCUUUCCACUGGACUGGUAUUUGCCCCAAAAUAAAUGACAGCAGAGAAAAAAACUUUAAAAAUUGUACAAGGGCUCCUCCUAUCAGCAGCAUUAAGUUUUAUCACCACAAGCCUAGGUAUUUCCAUUUCUGGCAUUGCAUAAAACUUUUCUCUGGUGUGAGGAUAAAUAUACCUUUCCAAGGGUCUGUGACGUAAUUGUACCAGUUUUUAUUUUCUAUCAUUUCUAGAACCAAAUAUAAUAAAUAUUU